AUAUCGUCUGCUCCUCGCUUCCUAGCCUCACUCAGUCUGAGCGGUGCUCGUGUGAGGAUCUUCAACUGAAUUCACUGAGAUUUAAGGAUGGUCCAAGCUCUUUAGAAUUGAAUCGUCCAAGCUUCGUGAUACCGUGAAGACUGAAUGGCAACAAUGUGUCGCCAUUUGCUGACUGUGAUAUUGGGGCUUCUGGCUUGUUGUCUAGCUCAGGACAAUUUGUUUCCUGAGGGGACAUUGCCAGUUGUGCCAAAUGGAAUUUCAGGCUGUGGACAGACAAAGAUUGACCUGGUGAUAAUAUUAGAUAGUGCAGCUCCACCAACGGUCUACACUGCUCUCAGGCAGUUUGCUAACGAUGUCGUUGAGUUCGCCAGCGUUGAUACCGGUAACGUCAGAGUCGCCCUGAUUGGCGCCAGUUCAAGGGCAAGGAAUAAGUUCGGGUUCGGCAAGUUCAGGACUCUGGACUCGGUCCAGCGGGGAAUAUUGUCGGCACCACAGGAAAGGGGGCGUCGCGACUUCUCCAAGGCCUUCAUCCAGACACAGAGGUUCUUUAAGGGUGCCCGCGCAGACGCCGAAAAGUACGUCCUCCUUCUGACUGGUGGCAAUUCACAGGUCAAGGCCAGACGAAGCGCAGGCGAAGCCAAAAAAAUUAAGGCUGCAGGGAUCAAGAUCGCCGCCGUUGGCGUCGGUGUACAAAAUGAAGGGGAGAUCGACACACUUGUGACAGACCCAGCAGAUGACCACAAGUUUCUCAUCAACGAUGCUGCUGACCUCGCCUUCAUGAGUGACGUAGUUUACUCCACAAUAUGUGGGAAAGGCGGUAACGGCGAUGGCGGUGCAUCAGGCUCAAUUCAAGGAAAUCAACUGGAUCUAGUGUUUUUACUUCACUUCUCCAACAAGAUUCAGCGCAAUUCCUUUAGUCAAGUUCUGGACUUCCUCAAGUCGUCAGUUUUCAGAGCAGAUAUUGAUUCUGGUGCAGUGCGAGUGGGAGCUGCUGUUUAUAGAGGCAAUGCAGAAGUAGUCUUUAAUCUAAACCAGUAUGCUUCAAAACAGGAUGUCAUGACCGGCAUUGACAGGAUCAACUUCAACUACCGUGAUGGACAGGCUAACUCUGCAUCAGGCUUGAACCUGGUACGUCAGCAAAUGUUCAACAGUAGAGCAGGUGAUCGACCUCAGGUGCCUAAUAUGGUGAUUGUUGUCACUGACUCUAACUCCAACAUUGAUGUCGCCAACACCAUUCAGGCAGCACAGGAUCUACAGAACAGUGGUGCCCUUGUUUACGCCAUUGGUCUCAAUCUUGAGUUUCCGGAUGAACUGGAGGCUAUUGCUACAGGGGUCAACUACUAUGAACUGGACAACUUUGGGGAGCUGGCCUCAGCCCGGGAUGACUUUGUGGAGCAGAUUCAGCCAUUGAGAGAUGGACCACCUGGUGUGACAGCAAAUCCAGAGGACAUUCCAGGUGCUGAUGAACCUUUAACUCUUGCAAAUAGUGGAGAGGCAGAUAUUGCUAUUGUCUACCAGUUUGGCAAAUCAACCAAACCAAAGGACAUCAGAUCCAAUUUCAUCAGAUUUGUGAAGAGCUUACUGAGCAAUGCUGAUAUAGAUGGAGGAGCUGUCCGAGUGGCACUUGUAAACUAUGGAAGGAAAGUCACAACAAUGUUUAAUCUCAACCAGCAUAACUCAAAAGCCAAAGUGCUUUCUGCAAUCUCUAAAUCAAUCAGUCCAAGGCAGCGAAUUGCAAAGGUUGAUGGAGGAAAAGCUCUGAGCACUGUCAGAACACAAGUAUUCUCUGCAGCUAAGGGUGACCGUCCAGGUGUUCCAAAUGCUGUCAUACUCAUAACAGACACAAGAACCAAUAUCAAACCUGCAGGUUUCAUCGCUGAAGCCAACAAGCUGAAGGCAGCUGGAACACAGAUAUUCACUAUUGGUCUGGGGAAAGCAAACCAAAGGGAACUUGGAAGUGCAGCAAGUCAGCCAGCUGCUUCGUACUCCACAUAUGUUCCAAAGUAUGGCAACCUUGGCCCUGCUGUCAAGAAAACUGUUGGUGCUGUCGUGAAUGCCUUGAGUUCAACCCCACGUAAACCUCCAACAAGGGGACCUCAGACAACAAAACCAACAGGAGUGGUAACACCCAAACCAGGACCUGCUUGUGGUGCAUCUUUGGCCUCUAGCCCUCAGGCUGACAUCAUCUUUGCCAUCUACUUCAAUCCAAAGGGAUCCAGACAGAAUUUUGACAAAUUGAAAACAUACUUGGUAUCUUUGGUGCAAUCAGCAGAUGUAGAGUCUGGCAAUGUCCGUCUCGGCUUCUUUGUUGAUGGUGGUUAUACUCCAUUCCAACUAAGCAGAUAUUCCUCCACUAUGGAUGUCACAGACGCCAUCAACCAACUCACAAAGAGAGUAGCCCGUACUCGCAGUUUCAACCUACCAAGAAUGCUGAGAACUAUCCGAGAAAAGAUGUUCACGUCCGCUAAUGGUGACCGUGAUGGUGUACCUAAUGGUGUUAUCCUUGUGACUGACACUACAGCCAAUCAGCCUCGUGCUGCCAUCAGUGCAGAGGCAGAUCAGAUGAAGGCAGCAUGUAUCGGGGUGUACACUGUGGGGGUGGGCCUAUCAGACAAGUCGCAGCUGGAGAUGGCUGCAGUAGAUACCAACAACAUCCACACAGUGUCAGACUAUGCUGAGCUCGAGAGGAAUGGAGACUCUGUCCGAAGAUCAAUUCAGGCCUUCCGGGCCAAAGGCAAGACGGAUAACUGCUUGAAUGCCAAACUGGAUCUGGUUUUUGUCCUUGACUCAUCCACAAGUGUAACAGAACCAAAUUUCAAGCUGGUCUUGGAUUUCUUGAAAGAUUUCCUAGAUUAUGCUGAUGUUGACAAUGGCAAUGUCCGAGUCGGUGUAGUCCUCUACAGCACUAAAGUUCAGGUAGAGUUUCACAUGAAUGCCUACUCCACCAAGAGUGAAUUGAUGACAGCCAUAGACAACAUCCCCUAUGUGUAUGGCAGCACCAACACUGCUGGAGGUUUGAGAGCAAUGCGAGAGGAGAUGUUCACAGCUCGAACUGGAGACCGGUCUGAUGUCCCUAAUGUCGCAAUUGUCCUAACAGAUGGCGUAUCUAACAUUAACGCCCGCCAGACCAUCCCUGAAGCUGAAGAGGCCCGAAAGGCAGGCAUCAAGAUCUAUGCUAUUGGUAUAGGUAUAGCAGAAACCAGGGAACUUGAUGGUAUGGCAUCUCAUCCCAUUGAACAGAACCGAUUCAUAGUCCAGGAUUUCAAAGAGCUACAGACCCUCAAGGAAAAGGUGUUCACAUCCGUAUGUCCAGUUGAAAGACCUUCAGUACCUGUCACAACCCAACCAAAGAGUGAUGAUUGUUCCAGUACCAAACUGGAUCUGGUCUUUGUUCUGGACUCCUCCACCAGUGUCACAGAGCCCAACUUCAAACUCAUGUUGGACUUCUUGAAGAACUUCCUCUACGUGGCUAACAUCGAUGAUGGCAAUGUCCGAGUUGGUGUAGUCAUUUAUAGCACCAAGGUGAGCAUCCAGUUCCACCUUAAUGAAUAUGCAACAAAGAGAGAUGUGUUUCUUGCCAUAGACAGAAUACCAUACCAGUAUGGCAGCACCAACACCUUUGGAGGUCUGAACACAAUGAGGACCCAGAUGUAUGUUCCCGAAAGAGGUGAUCGACCAGAUGUCAAGAAUGUGGCUGUGGUGAUCACUGACGGUGUGUCCAACAUCAAUGCCAGGAGAACAGUUCCAGAAGCAGAGUCUGUAAGAGGUGCAGGCAUCCACAUCUAUGCUAUUGGUAUUGGUUUGGCUGACACAACUGAGUUGGAUGGAAUAGCCAGCAGGCCCAUUAACGAGAAUCGGUUUACAGUACAGGAUUUCAAAGAGCUCAGAGGUCUACGAGACAAAGUAUUCACCUCGUUUUGUCCAGUUGUCACUACUCCAGUUCCACGUACAUUACCACCAAAAGUUCAAGACUGUUCCUAUGCCAAACUGGAUCUUGUCUUUGUUCUGGAUACCUCCACCAGUGUCACAGAGAAGAAUUUCAUUCUCAUGAAAGAUUUCCUUAAACACUUUCUGUAUGUAGCCAACAUUGAUGAUGGCAAUGUUCGUGUUGGUGUAGUGAUCUACAGCACCAAAGUUAGCAUCCAGUUCCAAAUGAGUCAGUACACAUCCAAGCGCCAGGUUUAUGUAGCCAUAGACCAAAUACCUUAUCAGUAUGGAAGUACAAAUACCUAUGGAGGACUGAACACUAUGAGGACUCAGAUGUUCACUCCAAGGACAGGAGACCGACCAGAUGUUGACAAUGUUGCCAUUGUCAUCACUGAUGGUGUUUCAAACAUAAAUUCUAGGAGAACAAUUCCUGAAGCUGAAAGGGUGCGGGAGCAAGGAAUCCAUAUAUAUGCCAUUGGCAUUGGUUUGGCUGAUACAACAGAGUUGGAUGGGAUAGCAAGCAGACCCAUUGAGAAGAAUCGAUUUGCUGUUCAGGACUUUGAUGAACUUGUUGGUCUGCGAGAUGAAGUGUUUUCUUCCUUUUGUUCAGUAACGACUACCCUUGCCCCAACCACAACUACAACCACUACAACUACAACAACUACUACAACCACAACAACUAUUCCAACAACAACUACUCCUGAGGUGGAUGAUUGUUCCAGUACCAAACUGGAUCUGGUCUUUGUUCUGGACUCCUCCACCAGUGUCACAGAGCCCAACUUCAAACUCAUGUUGGACUUCUUGAAGAACUUCCUCUACGUGGCUAACAUCGAUGAUGGCAAUGUCCGAGUUGGUGUAGUCAUUUAUAGCACCAAGGUGAGCAUCCAGUUCCACCUUAAUGAAUAUGCAACAAAGAGAGAUGUGUUUCUUGCCAUAGACAGAAUACCAUACCAGUAUGGCAGCACCAACACCUUUGGAGGUCUGAACACAAUGAGGACCCAGAUGUAUGUUCCCGAAAGAGGUGAUCGACCAGAUGUCAAGAAUGUGGCUGUGGUGAUCACUGACGGUGUGUCCAACAUCAAUGCCAGGAGAACAGUUCCAGAAGCAGAGUCUGUAAGAGGUGCAGGCAUCCACAUCUAUGCUAUUGGUAUUGGUUUGGCUGACACAACUGAGUUGGAUGGAAUAGCCAGCAGGCCCAUUAACGAGAAUCGGUUUACAGUACAGGAUUUCAAAGAGCUCAGAGGUCUACGAGACAAAGUAUUCACCUCAUUUUGUCCAGUUGUCACUACUCCAGUUCCACGUACAUUACCACCAAAAGUUCAAGACUGUUCCUAUGCCAAACUGGAUCUUGUCUUUGUUCUGGAUACCUCCACCAGUGUCACAGAGAAGAAUUUCAUUCUCAUGAAAGAUUUCCUUAAACACUUUCUGUAUGUAGCCAACAUUGAUGAUGGCAAUGUUCGUGUUGGUGUAGUGAUCUACAGCACCAAAGUUAGCAUCCAGUUCCAAAUGAGUCAGUACACAUCCAAGCGCCAGGUUUAUGUAGCCAUAGACCAAAUACCUUAUCAGUAUGGAAGUACAAAUACCUAUGGAGGACUGAACACUAUGAGGACUCAGAUGUUCACUCCAAGGACAGGAGAUCGACCAGAUGUUGACAAUGUUGCCAUUGUCAUCACUGAUGGUGUUUCAAACAUAAAUUCUAGGAGAACAAUUCCUGAAGCUGAAAGGGUGCGGGAGCAAGGAAUCCAUAUAUAUGCCAUUGGCAUUGGUUUGGCUGAUACAACAGAGUUGGAUGGGAUAGCAAGCAGACCCAUUGAGAAGAAUCGAUUUGCUGUUCAGGACUUUGAUGAACUUGUUGGUCUGCGAGAUGAAGUGUUUUCUUCCUUUUGUUCAGUAACGUCUACCCUUGCCCCAACCACAUCUACAACCACUACAACUACAACAACUACUACAACCACAACAACUAUUCCAACAACAACUACUCCUGAGGUGGAUGAUUGUUCCAGUACCAAACUGGAUCUGGUCUUUGUUCUGGACUCCUCCACCAGUGUCACAGAGCCCAACUUCAAACUCAUGUUGGACUUCUUGAAGAACUUCCUCUACGUGGCUAACAUCGAUGAUGGCAAUGUCCGAGUUGGUGUAGUCAUUUAUAGCACCAAGGUGAGCAUCCAGUUCCACCUUAAUGAAUAUGCAACAAAGAGAGAUGUGUUUCUUGCCAUAGACAGAAUACCAUACCAGUAUGGCAGCACCAACACCUUUGGAGGUCUGAACACAAUGAGGACCCAGAUGUAUGUUCCCGAAAGAGGUGAUCGACCAGAUGUCAAGAAUGUGGCUGUGGUGAUCACUGACGGUGUGUCCAACAUCAAUGCCAGGAGAACAGUUCCAGAAGCAGAGUCUGUAAGAGGUGCAGGCAUCCACAUCUAUGCUAUUGGUAUUGGUUUGGCUGACACAACUGAGUUGGAUGGAAUAGCCAGCAGGCCCAUUAACGAGAAUCGGUUUACAGUACAGGAUUUCAAAGAGCUCAGAGGUCUACGAGACAAAGUAUUCACCUCAUUUUGUCCAGUUGUCACUACUCCAGUUCCACGUACAUUACCACCAAAAGUUCAAGACUGUUCCUAUGCCAAACUGGAUCUUGUCUUUGUUCUGGAUACCUCCACCAGUGUCACAGAGAAGAAUUUCAUUCUCAUGAAAGAUUUCCUUAAACACUUUCUGUAUGUAGCCAACAUUGAUGAUGGCAAUGUUCGUGUUGGUGUAGUGAUCUACAGCACCAAAGUUAGCAUCCAGUUCCAAAUGAGUCAGUACACAUCCAAGCGCCAGGUUUAUGUAGCCAUAGACCAAAUACCUUAUCAGUAUGGAAGUACAAAUACCUAUGGAGGACUGAACACUAUGAGGACUCAGAUGUUCACUCCAAGGACAGGAGAUCGACCAGAUGUUGACAAUGUUGCCAUUGUCAUCACUGAUGGUGUUUCAAACAUAAAUUCUAGGAGAACAAUUCCUGAAGCUGAAAGGGUGCGGGAGCAAGGAAUCCAUAUAUAUGCCAUUGGCAUUGGUUUGGCUGAUACAACAGAGUUGGAUGGGAUAGCAAGCAGACCCAUUGAGAAGAAUCGAUUUGCUGUUCAGGACUUUGAUGAACUUGUUGGUCUGCGAGAUGAAGUGUUUUCUUCCUUUUGUUCAGUAACGACUACCCUUGCCCCAACCACAACUACAACCACUACAACUACAACAACUACUACAACCACAACAACUAUUCCAACAACAACUACUCCUGAGGUGGAUGAUUGUUCCAGUACCAAACUGGAUCUGGUCUUUGUUCUGGACUCCUCCACCAGUGUCACAGAGCCCAACUUCAAACUCAUGUUGGACUUCUUGAAGAACUUCCUCUACGUGGCUAACAUCGAUGAUGGCAAUGUCCGAGUUGGUGUAGUCAUUUAUAGCACCAAGGUGAGCAUCCAGUUCCACCUUAAUGAAUAUGCAACAAAGAGAGAUGUGUUUCUUGCCAUAGACAGAAUACCAUACCAGUAUGGCAGCACCAACACCUUUGGAGGUCUGAACACAAUGAGGACCCAGAUGUAUGUUCCCGAAAGAGGUGAUCGACCAGAUGUCAAGAAUGUGGCUGUGGUGAUCACUGACGGUGUGUCCAACAUCAAUGCCAGGAGAACAGUUCCAGAAGCAGAGUCUGUAAGAGGUGCAGGCAUCCACAUCUAUGCUAUUGGUAUUGGUUUGGCUGACACAACUGAGUUGGAUGGAAUAGCCAGCAGGCCCAUUAACGAGAAUCGGUUUACAGUACAGGAUUUCAAAGAGCUCAGAGGUCUACGAGACAAAGUAUUCACCUCAUUUUGUCCAGUUGUCACUACUCCAGUUCCACGUACAUUACCACCAAAAGUUCAAGACUGUUCCUAUGCCAAACUGGAUCUUGUCUUUGUUCUGGAUACCUCCACCAGUGUCACAGAGAAGAAUUUCAUUCUCAUGAAGGAUUUCCUUAAACACUUUCUGUAUGUAGCCAACAUUGAUGAUGGCAAUGUUCGUGUUGGUGUAGUGAUCUACAGCACCAAAGUUAGCAUCCAGUUCCAAAUGAGUCAGUACACAUCCAAGCGCCAGGUUUAUGUAGCCAUAGACCAAAUACCUUAUCAGUAUGGAAGUACAAAUACCUAUGGAGGACUGAACACUAUGAGGACUCAGAUGUUCACUCCAAGGACAGGAGACCGACCAGAUGUUGACAAUGUUGCCAUUGUCAUCACUGAUGGUGUUUCAAACAUAAAUUCUAGGAGAACAAUUCCUGAAGCUGAAAGGGUGCGGGAGCAAGGAAUCCAUAUAUAUGCCAUUGGCAUUGGUUUGGCUGAUACAACAGAGUUGGAUGGGAUAGCAAGCAGACCCAUUGAGAAGAAUCGAUUUGCUGUUCAGGACUUUGAUGAACUUGUUGGUCUGCGAGAUGAAGUGUUUUCUUCCUUUUGUUCAGUAACGACUACCCUUGCCCCAACCACAACUACAACCACUACAACUACAACAACUACUACAACCACAACAACUAUUCCAACAACAACUACUCCUGAGGUGGAUGAUUGUUCCAGUACCAAACUGGAUCUGGUCUUUGUUCUGGACUCCUCCACCAGUGUCACAGAGCCCAACUUCAAACUCAUGUUGGACUUCUUGAAGAACUUCCUCUACGUGGCUAACAUCGAUGAUGGCAAUGUCCGAGUUGGUGUAGUCAUUUAUAGCACCAAGGUGAGCAUCCAGUUCCACCUUAAUGAAUAUGCAACAAAGAGAGAUGUGUUUCUUGCCAUAGACAGAAUACCAUACCAGUAUGGCAGCACCAACACCUUUGGAGGUCUGAACACAAUGAGGACCCAGAUGUAUGUUCCCGAAAGAGGUGAUCGACCAGAUGUCAAGAAUGUGGCUGUGGUGAUCACUGACGGUGUGUCCAACAUCAAUGCCAGGAGAACAGUUCCAGAAGCAGAGUCUGUAAGAGGUGCAGGCAUCCACAUCUAUGCUAUUGGUAUUGGUUUGGCUGACACAACUGAGUUGGAUGGAAUAGCUAGCAGGCCCAUUAACGAGAAUCGGUUUACAGUACAGGAUUUCAAAGAGCUCAGAGGUCUACGAGACAAAGUAUUCACCUCAUUUUGUCCAGUUGUCACUACUCCAGUUCCACGUACAUUACCACCAAAAGUUCAAGAUUGUUCCUAUGCCAAACUGGAUCUUGUCUUUGUCCUGGAUACCUCCACCAGUGUCACAGAGAAGAAUUUCAUUCUCAUGAAAGAUUUCCUUAAACACUUUCUGUAUGUAGCCAACAUUGAUGAUGGCAAUGUUCGUGUUGGUGUAGUGAUCUACAGCACCAAAGUUAGCAUCCAGUUCCAAAUGAGUCAGUACACAUCCAAGCGCCAGGUUUAUGUAGCCAUAGACCAAAUACCUUAUCAGUAUGGAAGUACAAAUACCUAUGGAGGACUGAACACUAUGAGGACUCAGAUGUUCACUCCAAGGACAGGAGACCGACCAGAUGUUGACAAUGUUGCCAUUGUCAUCACUGAUGGUGUUUCAAACAUAAAUUCUAGGAGAACAAUUCCUGAAGCUGAAAGGGUGCGGGAGCAAGGAAUCCAUAUAUAUGCCAUUGGCAUUGGUUUGGCUGAUACAACAGAGUUGGAUGGGAUAGCAAGCAGACCCAUUGAGAAGAAUCGAUUUGCUGUUCAGGACUUUGAUGAACUUGUUGGUCUGCGAGAUGAAGUGUUUUCUUCCUUUUGUUCAGUUCAUUCAACAACAGCUCCAACCACCACCACAACCACAACAACAACAACACCCUUACCAACAAUACCAGCUAAACUUGAUGACUGUGCUGAUGCCAAGCUUGAUCUAGUAUUCGUUCUGGAUGCAUCUACAAGUGUCACAGAGCCCAAUUUCAAACUCAUGCUGGAUUUCUUGAAGAACUUUCUUUUUGUGGCCAACAUUGAUGAUGGUAAUGUUCGAGUUGGCGUUGUCAUCUACAGUACCAAGGUAUAUAUUCAGUUCCACCUGAAUGAGUAUUCCACCAAGACAGAUGUCUUCAGUGCCAUUGAUGCUAUUCCCUAUGAAUAUGGCAGCACAAACACUUUUGGAGGAUUGAAGGCAAUGAGGAUGAAGAUGUUCACUCGUGCAACAGGAGACCGUUCCAAAGUAAAAAAUGUUGCCAUUGUGAUCACUGAUGGUGUGUCCAAUAUCAAUGCCAGAAAAACAGUUCCUGAGGCUAAGAAGGCUAGAAGAAAGGGCAUCCAUAUCUAUGCUAUUGGCAUUGGAAUUUCAGACACAAGGGAGAUUGAUGGCAUUGCAAGCAAACCUAUUGAGGAAAACCGCUUCACUGUUCAAGAUUUUAGGGAAUUGAUUGUCCUUAGAGACAAAGUCUUCUCCUCAUUCUGCCCAGUACCAGCAAAGCCUCUGCCAACACUUCCACCAAUAUUAGAUGAUUGUGCAGAUGCUAUGCUAGAUUUGAUAUUCGUACUGGAUGCUUCCACCAGUGUCACUGAACCGAACUUUAAGCUGAUGCUGAAUUUCUUGAAAGACUUCUUGUUUGUGGCCAACAUUGAUGCUGGUAAUGUUCGAGUUGGUGUGGUUAUCUACAGUACAAAAGUCUUCAUCCAGUUCCAUCUGAAUCAGUACAGUAGUAAAAGAGAUGUAUAUGUGGCAAUAGAUAAUAUUCCCUAUGAAUAUGGAAGCACUAAUACCUAUGGUGCAGUUAACACAAUGAGGACAAAGAUGUUUCUCCCAGAAAGAGGUGACAGGCCAGGUGUAAGAAAUAUUGCCAUUAUCAUCACUGAUGGUGUUUCCAAUAUAAACUCAAGAAGACUUAUCCCUGAGGCUCUGAAAGCUCGUAAUGCUGGCAUCCACAUAUAUGCCAUAGGAAUAGGCUUGGCGGAUACAACUGAGUUGGAUCAGAUAGCCAGCAAGCCUCUGGAUGAAAACAGAUUCACAGCUCAAGACUUCAGUGAACUCAGGCAACUCAGGGACAAGGUCUUUUCAUCUUUCUGCCCAAUCCCUACCACAACACUACCACCUCCAGCAACAACAUCUAAGGAAUGCAGCAGCACUCGCCUGGAUCUAGCGUUCCUUAUUGAUGCAUCUACCAGCGUCACGGAACCAAACUUUGUGCUUGUUCUGAACUUUGUCAAGAACUUCUUAGCUCAAGCUGACAUAGAUAAUGGCAAUGUUAGGGUGGGUGUAGUGUUGUACAGUACUUCAGUCCAUGUGGAGUUCCUCCUGCAUGACUACACCUCUAAGACAGAGGUUCUUACAGCCAUAGACAAUAUUCCCUACAGAUAUGGUAGUACUAACACUGCUGAUGGAAUCAAAUCUCUGAGGACUGAGAUAUUUACUCAACGAAGUGGUGACCGACAAGAUGUCCCCAACAUUGCCAUUAUUCUAACAGAUGGUGUGUCCAAUAUUAAUGCCAGGAGAACUGUCCCUGAAGCUCAGGAUGCACAAUUAGAAGGAAUUGAACUGUUUGCUAUUGGAAUCGGGCUUGCAGAUACAAGAGAGCUCAAUGGAAUGGCAAGCCCGCCUUUGGAAGAGCAUCGAUUCAUUGUGGAGGAUUUCUCUCAACUUAAUAAUCUGCAGCAACGAGUGUUUAGUUCCUUCUGCACAGGAGCCACGCCCCCACCCACACCACCACCCACAGAAGGAUGUGGUAUGGUUCCAACAGAUCUAGUUAUUCUCCUGGACUCAUCAACCAGUGUCAAUCAGUUAAAUUUUAAGAAAAUGCUCAAUUUCGUGAAACAGUUGUUGGGUACUGCCAACAUUGACUCAGGCGAUGUGAGGGUAGGAGUGUUGAGUUACAGCAAUAAGGCCAGGAUUCACUUCAACCUUAAUGCUCACAACAAAUACAGAAACAUCGCACAGGCUGUCAACAACAUUAGAUAUGUGUAUGGCAAAACCAACACAGCAGAUGCAAUACGUCUGAUGAGAGAAGAAAUGUUUCUUAGUUACCAUGGUGAUCGUCCAGAAGUUCCAAAUGUCUGCCUGAUCAUCACAGAUGGUGUGUCUAGUGUAAACCCAGAGAGAACUAUUCCGGAAGCCAUUGCUGCUAGGGACGAGGGCAUUCAUAUAUAUGCUAUAGGUGUGGGGUUGUCUGACACACGUGAACUGGAGGCCAUAGCCACAUCCCCUGCCUCUGAUAACAUGUUUAAUGUGCAGCAGUUUUCAGAGUUGUCUUCCUUGGCCAAUGUGAUCUUUGCAGAUGUCUGCCCAGUGAUCACUUUUACCCCUCCAACACCACCUACAACAGCUUUCAGUGAGACAGGUUAUGACAUCAUCUUCAUGUUUGAUGGGACCUCAAGCUCUGAUCAGUUUCGUUGGAUGAAAGGAUUUGCCAGCUCAUUUGUUACUGAAAUGGCUGUAGACUCGGGAGAGUUUAGGUUUGGUGCUGUUGUUUAUGGUAGAGAGCAGAAGCUGAUGUUCAACCUAAACACAUAUGGAUUCAGUAGUGAUUUGAAACAAGCAGUUACAUCAAGAAUAGAUCCAACCCCUGGAGGUAAACCUGACCUGGCAGGUGCCUUUGACUUUGUUCGGCAGAACAUGUUCACAGCUGCUAAUGGUGACCGUCCCAAAGCUCGUAACUUUGUUGUUUUGAUGACUUCUAAUGACAAGAGUCUGAACACUGAAGCUGCUGUUGGAGGUUCUCGUCGUCUGCAGAAUGAAGGCAUUGGUAUCUACUCGGUUGGCAUGAAAGUCAAAGAUACAGCAGAGCUUGACAAGGUGACCACACCUCCACUUGAUGAGUAUCAGACCCUUAUUGAUGAGGAAUCGCAGCUGGGAGAACUGCCAGGGAUAAUGUCAUACUACAUGGCAGAGGCUCAGCCUGUAACACCAGAACCAACCACCCCAGCUCCAACUCCAGGGUACAGUGAGACAGGAUAUGAUGUUGUCUUUAUGUUUGAUGGAACGGCCAGUAACAAACACUUCAGCUGGAUGAAAGGCUUUGCCAACAACUUUGCUUCUCAGAUGGACAUUGACUCUGGUUUGUUCCGAGUUGGAGCAAUGACUUUUACACAAAGUCAGAUCCUUGCUUUCCAUUUAAAUGAAAAUGGAUUUCAGUCAGAAGUGAUGUCAGCCCUUCAGUCCAAACCAGUGAACAACCCAGGUGGAGCACCAGAUGUUGGUGCAGCAUUUAAUGUUGUUCGAGGAAAUAUGUUUACGGCUGCUAAUGGAGACCGUCCCAAAGCCAGAGACUUCAUUAUCCUAAUGACAGACAAAGAAAGAAGUCAAGACACGGCUGCAGCACAAGCUGCUUUUGGCCGAUUGCAAGAGGCAGGAAUUGGUGUCUUCACUGUAGGCAUGGAACUUGGCAAUACAGAUGAACUGGACUCAAUUACUACACCACUUGUGGAUGAUUUUCAGCAUCUCAUCAACCAGGAAGAAGAACUUACAGAAUUGCCAGGCAUCAUGUCAUAUCAAAUGGAAGCAGCUGAUCCUGUGACACCAAUACCAACUACACCAGCUCCAACAGCAGGAUACAGCGAGACAGGAUAUGAUGUUGUCUUUAUGUUUGAUGGAACGGCCAGUAACAAACACUUCAGCUGGAUGAAAGGCUUUGCCAACAACUUUGCUUCUCAGAUGGACAUUGACUCUGGUUUGUUCCGAGUUGGAGCAAUGACUUUUACACAAAGUCAGAUCCUUGCUUUCCAUUUAAAUGAAAAUGGAUUUCAGUCUGAAGUGAUGUCAGCCCUUCAGUCCAAACCAGUGAACAGCCCAGGUGGAGCACCAGACGUUGGUGCAGCAUUUAAUGUUGUUCGAAAAUAUAUGUUUACGGCUGCUAAUGGAGACCGUCCCAAAGCCAGAGACUUCAUUAUCCUAAUGACAGACAAAGAAAGAAGUCAAGACACGGCUGCAGCACAAGCUGCUUUUGGCCGAUUGCAAGAGGCAGGAAUUGGUGUCUUCACUGUAGGCAUGGAACUUGGCAAUACAGAUGAACUGGACUCAAUUACUACACCACUUGUGGAUGAUUUUCAGCAUCUCAUCAACCAGGAAGAAGAACUUACAGAAUUGCCAGGCAUCAUGUCAUAUCAAAUGGAAGCAGCUGAUCCUGUGACACCAAUACCAACUACACCAGCUCCAACAGCAGCUGGUCCAGUGACAUCAGCACCAACAACACCAGCUCCAACUCCAGGCUACAGUGAUACAGGCUAUGACAUCGUCUUCAUGUUUGAUGGAACUGUCGACAACAGAUACUUUGGAUGGAUGCAGAACUUUGCUCGCAACUUUGCUUCUCAGAUGGAUAUUGAUUCUGGGGAAUUCCGAGUUGGAGCUAUGACCUUUAACAGAGGUCAAAACCUUGCUUUCAAUCUGAAUGACAAUGGUUGGCAGUCAGAAGUUAUAGGAGCUAUUGGAUCCAAAACCAGGAAUACUCCAGGAGGAAAACCAGAUUUGGGUGGAGCCUUUGACUAUGUUAGAAACAACAUGUUUACUGCUCGUAGAGGGGAUCGUCCCAAUGCUCGCAACUUUAUCAUAAUGAUGACAGCCAAUGAGGAAAGUUUGAACACUGGUGCUGCUAUAGGUGCUUCUCAGCGGCUCCAGAAUCAGGGAACUGGAAUUUUCACCAUUGGUUUCAACCUGGGUAACACAGAUGAGCUGGAUGCUGUAACAACUCAUCCACUGGAUCAGUAUCAGUACCUCAUCAAUGAGGAAGGUGGACUUGAGGAACUGCCAGGGAUUAUCAGCUACCACUUUUCAAAUGCUUAUCCUGUGACAUUGCCACCAACGACUACACCAAGACCAACAGCUUACAGUGAUACAGGCUAUGACAUCAUCUUCAUGUUUGAUGGAACUGUCGACAACAGAUACUUUGGAUGGAUGCAGAACUUUGCUCGCAACUUUGCAUCACAAAUGGAUAUUGAUUCCGGGGAGUUCAGAGUUGGAGCCAUGAUCUUCAACAGAGGACAAAAUCUUGUUUUUAAUCUAAAUGACAAUGGUUGGCAGUCAGAAGUUAUGGAAGGUCUCAAAUCCAAGACCAGGAACACUCCAGGAGGAAAACCAGAUUUGGGUGGAGCCUUUGACUAUGUUAGAAACAACAUGUUUACUGCUCGUAGAGGGGAUCGUCCCAAUGCUCGCAACUUUAUCAUAAUGAUGACAGCCAAUGAGGAAAGUUUGAACACUGGUGCUGCUAUAGGUGCUUCUCAGCGGCUCCAGAAUCAGGGAACUGGAAUUUUCACCAUUGGUUUCAACCUGGGUAACACAGAUGAGCUAGAUGCAGUAACAACUCAUCCACUGGAUCAGUAUCAGUACCUCAUCAAUGAGGAAGGUGGACUUGAGGAGCUGCCAGGGAUCAUCAGCUACCACUUUUCAAAUGCUGCUCCUGUGACACUGCCACCACCCACUACUCCAAGACCAACAGCUUACAUGGACACAGGUUUUGAUGUCAUCUUUAUGCUGGAUGGAACUGUCAACCGCCAGAUCUAUGGAUGGUUCAAGAACUUUGCCAAGAACUUUGCUAAUACAAUGAACAUUGAUUCUGGCGAGUUUCGAGUUGGAGGAAUGGCCUUCACUAGAUCUCCCAACAUGGGCUUCCAGUUGAAUGACAAUGGCUGGCAGACAGAUGUUGUCAAUGCACUGGACAACAAUCUCAACUCAUUCAACCGUCCUGGAGGAUCACCAAGCUUCUCCCAAGCAAUGGACACUGUACGAACACGGAUGUUCACCCGUGGUAAUGGUGACCGUCCAAAUGCAGGCAACUAUAUGGUCAUCAUGACAGGUAAUGAACGUGGUCUGAGUGCAAGCCGUGCACAACAGGCUGCCGGAAGGUUCCAAAAUACAGGAGGGAGAAUCUUCACUGUUGGCGUGAAUCUAAGGAAUACACAGAACUUAGACGAUAUUACCACAAAGCCACUUGAUGCCUACCAGUACCUGCUGGGAUCAGAGGCAGAGUUCAGAGAGCUGCCUGGCAUAAUGGAAGCCAUUAUGAGGGAUCCACCACCACCGCCAACAACAACCACCACUACAGCUGCUCCAACAACUACGACUAGACCAAGGGCAUACAAGGAGACAGGCUAUGAUGUUAUCUUCAUGCUGGAUGGUACUGUCAAUGACAAAACGUUCACAUGGAUGACUGACCUUGUAAAGAACAUGGCAAAUGAAGUAAGCGAUCAAGUUAAUGAUGGCACAUACCGUUUGGGAGGAAUGACCUUCACUCGUUCACCAGAGGUGGGCUUCCAGUUGGAUGACUAUGGCUUCAGUGAUGACUAUCGGAAUGCUGUUGGCAGAACAAUGAGGAACAAUCCUGGUGGUGCCCCAGACAUGGCCCGUGCCUUUGACACAGUUUACAACCAGAUGUUCCAGUCACGAAAUGGUGACCGGCCUCAGGCAAAGAACUACGUUGUCAUGGUCACUGCCAAUGAGAAGAGUUUGAAUUCCCGCAGAGCAAUCAAUUCUGCCCGUAGACUAAAGAACCGAAAUGUUGCUAUAUACACUGUUGGCAUUAAACUGGGCAACACCGAUGAAAUUGAUUCAGUCUCUUCCCUGCCUCUGGAUGACUUCCAGGUAUUGCUUGGAAGUGAGAUUGAGAUGGCUGAACUGCCUGGAAGACUGGCAUAUGGAAUUGAAAAUGGUCCUCCACAAGAAACCCUUCCUCCACCGACAACAACACCACGCCCAACCAGGACCAAGUACACAGGACCCCCACCAGUGUGCACGUCAACAGCAGAUGUUGUCUUCAUCAUUGACUCUUCUGGAAGUGUUGGAACGGAGAACUUUGACAGAAUCCGCAACUUUACCAUUACAAUCAUCAAUGGUAUUGACGUUGAUGCUGGCCUCUACCGCAUUGGCAUGGUAACCUUCAGUGAUGCUGCACGUAUUGAGUUCACCCUUGAUAGAUAUAAUAGUAAGGAUGAGAUAGUCAAAGCAGUCAGGAAUACACCUUAUAUAUACGGUUACACCAACACAGCUGAAGCUCUGCGCCGAACCCGUCGAGAGAUCUUCUCAACAUCUGCUGGCGAUAGACCAAGUUCACCUAACAUGGUUGUGCUCAUCACUGAUGGUCAGUCUAAUAUUGAUCACUAUGAGACCCUCCCAGAAGCCCAAAGAAUGAAACGGGAGGGUAUCACCAUCCUUACCUUGGCUGUUGGUUUCUCUGGCGCUACUGCAGAACUGACUGGCAUGACAUCUCCACCCAUCCAUGAGAAUCUCUUCUAUGUAGAUGACUUCUAUGCAUUGCAAGAACUCACUGACUACAUUAUCAGACCAAUUUGUACAGAUCCCAAUCAGUGUGAUACAAGCCCCUGCCAGAAUGGUGGCAACUGUGUGGAUGGACUCAGGAGCUACACCUGUAUCUGCCCAUCAGGAUUCUUUGGUGACAACUGCGAGAAGACCUGUGGCAGUGCUGCCGAUGUCGUCUUCAUCCUCGACUCCUCGACAUCAGUCGGCCCCUCCGGCUUCCAGCAGAUCCAAAUGUAUGCUCAGCAGAUCCUGGCUCAGAUGAACAUGGAUGCCUGUGACAUCAAUGUUGGUGCCCUCAAGUACAGCUCUAGUGCUAUGGUGCAGUUUGGCCUAGGAGCCUACCAAGACCAGGAGACCAUCAGCCGUGCUCUCCGCGGUAUCCAUUACACACGAGGCCAGGCCAACCUUGCAGAUGCCCUCAGAGUUACACGCCAAGUCAUGUUCAAUGGUGCAUCAGGUGAUCGCCCCUUCGCCAAGAAUAUUGCCUACUUGCUAACCAGUGGAGAUGUCAACAUCAAUCGAGAUAUCACCAUGUCUGAAGCUGAACUUGCCUUUGAUGCUGGUAUUACUGUUGUUCCCCUUGGUGUCAACCUACGUCAGCGUGAUGAAGUUGAGAACAUCGCCUUGUCCCAAGGCUUGAACCUUGUGGAAAUUGAAAGUGAUGUGACACUGCAGGAGAUGAGUGAUGCUGUGCUCAAUCCUGUCACCAACGGGAGAGACCAGGACUUCUGUGCCAGUGACCCAUGUCAAAAUGGAGGUCAGUGUCGCAGUCAGUCUCUUGGACAUGUCUGUGAAUGUACCCCUGGAUACACAGGCGAUAACUGUGAGAGAGUGUGCAAAGGCGAAGCUGAUGUUGUGUUUGUUAUUGACACUUCUCGCUACAUGAGUCGAGCAGAGUUAAGAAGAACAAAACGAUUUGUACGUGAGGUGAUCAAGAAGAUGACAUUCCGUUCUGGCAACUACCGUGUCGGUGUGGUCAGCUUCAGUGACUUCCCAUCCCUGCACCUCACUCUGGAUGAAGGUUCUAACAAAAAGGCUGCCAAGUCAGCUGUUGCCAAGCUCAGGAAAUCCUAUGGGGACCCCAACCCAUCCAUGGCCCUGAAGAAAGUAAGAAUCCAAGUGCUCAACAGCCCUGGUGAUAGGAAGACCACCCCCAACUAUGUUGUCCUCAUCACCAAGAGCAUGAGGAACUCCCGGGAGGUACUUCUAGAGAUGAACAAGCUGAAGUCCACUGGCGCCAAGGUUGUGGGUGUUGGCAUUAACCUAAGUGGCUCUGACCGUAAGAUGCUGUCACAGUUUGUUUCCCGGCCCAGCGAUCAAAUGAUGUACACUGCUAAUGAGGCCAAUGACCUAAAGGGCUUGGAAGAGAACUUCAUCCAGUUUGUCUGUGAAGAAAGUAACAUGUGUAGCUCAGACCCCUGCAUGAAUGGUGGCUCAUGCAUCAAUGGAGCCCGGGAAUACUUCUGCCGAUGCCCAGUUGGAUAUGCUGGUCAACAUUGUGAAAGACGGUGUCAGGAUGACCUUGACCUUGCCUUUGUCCUGGAUGCUUCUGGCAGUGUGGGAUAUGACAACUUCCUGAAGAUCCAAGCGUACAUGUACCACAUCAUCGACAACCUGAAUGUUGGCCCAUCUCGGACCCGUAUUGCUGUGGUAACCUUCUCCCAGUAUGCCCGCUCCCAUAUCUACCUGGACCAGUAUAACAACAAGAAGGAUCUGAAGGAUGCCAUUUCUGGCAUGACAUACGAAUAUGGUAACACAAACACUGCCUCAGGAAUAAAGCUGAUGCGAUCUGGAGUCUUCUCCAGAAGGCGUGGUGACAGACCCAAUGUGCCAAACUUUGCUCUGCUGAUCACUGAUGGCCUGUCCAAUGUGAACGCAGAAGAUACAAUCCCCCAAGCUCAGCUCGCAAAGGAUGCUGGAAUCCACAUGUUUGCAAUUGGUAUUGGAAGAUUUGAUGCCUGGGAAAUUGAGGGAAUUGCUAGUGAACCAACUGACAAGAAUGCCUUCCUUAUUGAGGACUUCUCAAAGCUGUAUAAUGUCUCUACUGGCAUCCUGGACUCCAUAUGCAGAGACCCUGGUGUGUGCGCCGACAACCCAUGUGUAAAUGGAGGUGUGUGCAUUGCUGGUAUUGGGAAGUACACAUGUGACUGUCCUCGAGGAUUCCUGGGUUACAACUGUGAGCUUGAUUGUCAGGCACCGAGGGACAUAGUGUUCAUGCUCGACUCCUCAGCUUCUGUUGGACAGGAGAAUUUUGGCGUCAUGCAGAAGUUCCUGGCUGCUGUUGUGAGGGAUCUGACAUCUACUGGCAUAGAACACAGAUUCUCUCUUGUUACCUACAAUUCACGUGUGCGACUUGCCUUCAGUCUCAAACGCUACAGGCAGAUCAAUCAAAUCGAGGAUGCCAUCCUCACUACACGCUAUAAUCCUGGUGGUUCAAACAUCGCAGAUGCAAUCAGAACAGCAUCAGAAGUCUUUUCCCCAAGUCUGGGUGAUAGAUCCAAUGCAGACAACAUCGCCAUGCUGUUCACAGUAGGAAAGUCUUCCAUCAACUCUGCAGAAACUAUCGAAGCAGCUGAAGAUAUUAAAUAUGGAGGCGCUAGAUUCGUCAGUGUCGGAGUAGGGGUGUCAGAUCCUUCAGAAAUAAAGCAGAUGGUAUCAAGCCAGAAUGAUUUAUUCCAGGUGGCUUCAGCCAGCCAGCUGAGUGAAAUUAGGUCUGAAAUCUUACGUAGUUCAUGUACAAUAACAUCUGACCAACCAGCAGGAGGAGAGCUAGAGGGCAGCAGAGGCUGAAAAUUCUAACUUUAUUCUAUUCUAUAAUCAACUGCUAAUAUAUGUGUUCAUCCAGUUUGUAACAUAGGACUUUAACCAAGGAGGUAUUCCUAAUCAGGGUUAUACCUGAAUCCAUGAGGCAGGGUAGUUGACCGUUUGCUCAGCAGGGGGAGCUAUGAGCCCAAUAGCGCCUCACAUUCACCACCUACCUCCUGUGCUUAUGUUAAAGUUUUAGGGUCUGUUGUUGUAUACUUGCUCAUCAUCUGUGUACAGAAUGGGCAACUGACUCGUCACUGCUUCUUGUAGCUGCAGCCAUUAUCACACUGUCCAUGUCUCAUCUAGGUCCUUCAUCACGAGCCACAUGCUUCUGUAGACAAACGUCCUGUACCCACAACAAACCAAAUGUAGAUCACUAGUGUCAAUGUGUUUUGUAUAGAUGUAAUAAAUUCAUUUUUGCAGAAUAUGGCAAUUUUAUAAUAAAUAAAAGACUUUACAAUCUA